CCUGAGCCCGGGCACGUCCGCGUGCUAUGCAAAUUUUCUCGCAUCACCGCUGACGUAGUGGAGAGCCGGUUAUAAAAACUGUAUCCCUCCGCCAGAGCUCCUACGCAGAGCAGAGUGCAGCAACAGCGAGAGGAAUACACCUAACAGGCAUCAGGACAAGAUGGCAAGCACCAAGGAGAAGCUGAUCCACAAUGUGGUGUGCGAGCCGUCCGCCUCCCAGAACAAGGUCACCAUUGUCGGCGUUGGCGCAGUGGGCAUGGCCUGCGCCAUCAGUAUCCUGCAGAAGGAUCUGGCCGAUGAGCUCGCCCUGGUCGAUGUGAUUGAGGACAAACUGAAGGGCGAAAUGAUGGAUUUACAGCAUGGCAGCCUCUUCCUACGGACUCCUAAGAUUGUGUCUGGCAAAGAUUACAGCGUCACAGCCAAUUCUAAGCUGGUGGUGGUGACAGCCGGAGCCCGUCAGCAGGAAGGGGAGAGCCGCCUGAACCUGGUGCAGCGCAACGUCAACAUCUUCAAAUUUAUCAUUCCCAGUAUUGUAAAGUACAGUCCUAACUGCAUCCUGCUGAUUGUCUCCAAUCCUGUCGAUGUCCUGACUUACGUGGCCUGGAAAAUCAGUGGCUUCCCCAAGCACCGCGUCAUUGGCAGCGGCUGCAACCUGGACUCUGCUCGUUUCCGCUACCUGAUGGGAGAGAAGCUGGGCAUCCACCCCCUGAGCUGUCACGGCUGGAUCAUCGGUGAACAUGGAGACUCCAGUGUGGCCGUCUGGAGCGGGGUGAACGUAGCCGGCGUCAGCCUGAAGACCCUGAAUCCUGACAUGGGAGCGGACAACGACAAGGAGAACUGGAAGGAGGUUCACAAAGAAGUGGUUGACAGUGCCUAUGAAGUGAUCAAGCUGAAGGGAUACACGUCCUGGGCCAUCGGCCUCUCAGUCGCAGAUCUUGCUGAAACCACCCUGAAGAACCUCAGACGUGUUCAUCCCAUUUCCACUAUGGUGAAGGGAAUGUACGGUGUAAAGGAGGACGUCUUCCUCAGCAUCCCAUCCGUCCUGGGUAACCAGGGCAUUACAGAUGUGGUGAACAUGACCCUGAAGCCUGGCGAGGAGGAGCGUCUCAGGAAGAGCGCAGACACACUAUGGGGUAUCCAGAAGGAGCUGCAGUUCUAGGCCGUUCUCUUCCGUUUACGUGUCCGUUGUCUUUUCAAUGUGUUUAAGUUGCACUUUUUGCGUAGGUCAAUUCCCUUGUGUUGUAAUCAUCUGUAUUUGUGAAAUUGCCAAUAGCGAUGUUCCAGUCAGUACAGGCAGCCGCGGUGUAGUACCGCGUCUUAUGGUAGCGCAUGGCACUAGGUUACAGAAAGGGUGAGAUUAAUAAUCUCUGGGAUUAACCAAUUAUCAUCAUCAUCGUCUGAAAUUCACAUUUACGUGUCCAUUACAAGCAUCUUCCUGGCCUGAGAAAACAAAAGGAAUGAAGGCAGCGGCUGUCCACUUAAAGGGGCCCUCCACCAACCUUGUGCUUUCCUCUGUUGGCGGCCUAGCGCCUAUACAGUUUGAGUCAGUCUGGUUGCUAUGGAUACACCACAUAACUAGAGAUGAGCGAAUCUCCUAUUUUGAAAUUCGUUCACGCUUCGUUUGGUGGUAAAA